CCGCUGGUGCUGCGGCCACCGCCGAGGCCGCCUCCCUCACUCCCGGGCGCUAGGAUCGCUUAGGCUCGCCCCGGCCCCGCCGCCCGGGUUUCCCCUGCGCCGCGCUGGGCCAGCGGGGGCGGAGCGCGAUGGUGAGCGGCUAGCGGGCGCCAUGGAGCCCGGGGCCAGGAUGGAGCCCCGCGCGGGGGCCUGCCAGUACGCCCAUGUGCAGCUGCAGGGGGGCGCGCCCUGGGGCUUCACUCUCAAGGGGGGGCUGGAGCACGGCGAGCCGCUCCUCGUGUCCAAGAUUGAAGAUGGAGGCAAGGCUGCCCUGUCUCGGAAGAUGAGAAUCGGAGAUGAGCUGGUGAAUAUCAAUGGUACCCCAUUAUAUGGCUCCCGCCAAGAAGCACUCAUCCUCAUAAAGGGUUCCUUCCGGAUCUUGAAGAUGAUUGUCAGGAGGAGAACCACCCCCCUGGCCAGGCCACAUUCAUGGCACAUGGCCAAGCUGCUGGAGGGGCGUCCUGAGGUGGCGGCAGCUGCCGCCAUGAACUUUCCUGAAGACCCCUUCAGCUUAUCCUGGCAUUCAGGCUGUGACACCAGUGACCCAUGUGUGCAGUGGUGCCCGCUGUCUCGCCACGGCAGCACUGAAAAGAGCAGCUCCAUCGGGAGCAUGGAAAGCCUGGAACAGCCCAGCCAAGUGUGCCAGGAGGGCCAUGUCUCCCCUGUGGAGCAGAGCACCUAUCAGAGUCAGCGGGAUUCAGCCUAUAGCUCCUUCUCUGCGGGCUCCAGUGCAUCAGACUACACCCUACCCCUGCGGCUGGAGGAGACCACAGCCUCAGACUGCAGCCCUCUGGGCCUCGGGCCAGCCAAGGGCCAAGAUGGCAUCUACCUACACACAGGACCUGAUGGGGAAGAGACCUUAGGGGCAGCGGGGCCAUCAGGCCACCAGACACCCAGGUCCCAGCCUUCACCCAGCCCCCAGGAGGGUCCUCUCUCUGGUUCUUCUCAAGUUGCAGUGGCCUCCACAGGCCCUCCCCAGCCUCCAGUAAGGCGAGACAGCCUUCGAGCCUCCAAGACCCAGUUCCGCCAGACAGAGAAGCGCAGGGCUUCAGUCCCAGGUGGAGCCUUAUACACAAAGGAGAGAUGGAACUCUGAGACCUCAUUGUCUUCAGAUGUCCCUCCUGGGCCCGGCUGCCCCUGUAGUCAGGUCCUAGAGCCCCAUGAGGAGCACUGGAAGGACGAUCUGGCCCAGGAGCAAUACUGUGUGCUGAGCCAUCCCACAGGGUUGGACCACUGUGAAUCGAGGCUACUGCUGAAGGAUUGUCCUCAAAGGACAGGGUGGCCUGGCCAGGACCAAAUCAGGGAAGAGUCCCCACCAUCCCACAGCCCUGGUAGAGGGCCUGAAGCAAAAGAGGAGGCCAAGGCUGCCCUGACCACCAUCCCCGCCCACCUUACUGGACUUACAGGCCACCGUCACAGUGCUCCCGAGCAAUUGCUGACCUCUCAGAUUCGAUCUCUGCACCUCAGUGUUGAGGGGGAUGGCAACAGUGAAGAGACUGAAUUGCAGGCCAAGCAGGAGGGGCAUUGCUGGACCCUGUCCCCCCUCCACAGUGCCCAUGUGGGGCCGAAGAGUCCUUGCCAUCCAGGGGCAGGAGCCCAGAACAAGCCGGGGGAGAAGUGGAUGGAGGGAAAGGCAGGCAGCCCAGCGUUGGCUUCAGAAAGCUCAGGUCAGAGCAGCCCCACUCCAGGGGGCACCUCCUGCAGUCAUCAGGAGGAAAGCGCCCCCAGUGAACCAGUCACCGUCCAGCUCUCUGGCCUCCCUGACGUUCCUCAGCAGGCCAUCUCCAAGCCAGCAAGCCAUGUGGACACAACACUGGAGGAGGGCACGGAGGCCGCCAAGGACAAGGGCUCAGAAAACACUCGCAGGAGUGGCCAGCGCUACCGCUCUGCUCAGCAGAGACGCAGGAGCGAGCGUUUCGCCACCAACUUGCGAAAUGAGAUCCAAAGGAGAAAGGCACAGUUGCAGAAGAUCAAGGGCUCUCUGGCCCUUGUGGGUGACUUGGAGGAGCCGGAGCCUGUGGAGGAGACAGAUGAGCCUGUUGGAGAGCCCUUGAGACCACCAUCUCCUGAGGCUCCCAAAGCCACCCCUGGCACUGCACCAUCUCCCCAGCCUCUGGCUCCUGCCCCAGCUCCAGAGCCCAGCCCGCCUCUCCCUGCUCCUCCCCAGGUACCCGCACUGGCUGCUCACCAGAGACUGGCCAGCCCAGGAGAGCGAUUGUCCGAUCAGCCCCAACAAAAUGGCAACAUGCUGAGGACCAGAUCCUCAGAGUGCCUAAGCCAGACCACAGAAAGCCGAGAAUUGUGGAAGCCACUGAAGGGCCCUGGCCAGAAUCCCUGGCAGCCUAUAGCUGGACUCCACCCCUGGUGCAAGGCUCCUGGCCAUGACCCUUCCAAGGCCGGGUCCCAACCUGGGGUUCGAGGAGGCCGGUGGCGGUGGUCUCCAGAGCGGAAACUACAGCCUCAACUAAUGCCAAUGUCAAGCGGUGUUUUGAACCCAAGAGAGGAGAUGAGUGUCACUUCUGGGGAGGAGACCAUCUUUGUGCCUUUUGCAGAUAGGAAGAAGGUCUUUGAAGACACCAGCAAGUCCCUGCCACCAGCAGCCUCAUCCCUUGGACACAGUAAGCCCUUUGCCUUGAGGCCGAAGGCAGUCGACCCACCUGCAUUCCAGCCCAUGAGCACCAGCUACAGAGACCUGAGACGUCAUUCAGUAGACCAAGCUUAUCACUCCUCGGCCUCCCUGGCCCCAGAACCUGCCACUUACCCAGAAUGCUUUAUGAACAAGGAGCUGGAGCAGCCUGUGUGUUACCAGCCCCUGGGACACUGUGGGGAGUUUGAGUGCCUCCGGCCUUGCUCCUAUGCCUGUGGCAUUCCGGGAGCUGUGGGCCACGACACAUGCACCUACUGCCCCGUCCUGCUGAAGAGAAGCAUGCUUCCAGCCCACCGCAGCUACCGCUGCCACCACCAGCAGUGGGCUCGUUGUGCAGCCUGUUGUCACCCUGCUCCUCAGCACAAGGCUGGGGAAGAAAGCAAUCCUUCCUGGAAGGCCAGGAACUCCUCACUGAAGGAGGUUCCUCCAGACGAAUGGGAAUCGACAAAGAUCAACAGGAAGGCCGGCCAGCCUCCGAGGGACCGGUCUCAUUAUAAGAUUGGCUGCCCACGCUCUUGCUUUGAGAACCCCGGGCGUGAGUGGGCAGCGUGCUACCGAGUGGCCUCUUCCCUUGACCUCUUGUGUGACUACGAUCACUCAGUGGGGACCCUGAUGGGCAGUGCUGUCUAUGAGCAAGGCAGUUUGGCGCCUCCAUUGCUCCAUCCGCUUAGGGGUCGGGCCUUCUCAGAGAGUCACAUCAACUUGGAGCCCCCAACCACACGGGCUAGAGAGAGAAGAGAGCUCCUGGCCAAAGUGGAUGAGACCCGGCCGGAUCCUCUGGGAGCAAGAAAGAAAGCCCCACCUCCCCCCCGCCCCCCACCUCCCAAUUGGGCAAAGUUUAAGGGCAACUGGCCCUCUUACCACUCCCAGUAUGCUGCCUUAGAGAGCUCAAGUGGCCGGAGGUCUGACACAGCCUUGGAGCAGCCUCGCCCUCAGGGAGGCCAGGUGGAGGUGGUGAGGAAGCGGUCCCAGAGCCUCCCUCCAGAGCCACUGCCCAGAGACAGGACUGGGCCGGAGCAGCCUGGUCCUCAGUACUACCAUCCUGGUGGAGUAUGGAGGAUGCCAGACCCUGCCACCUCAGCCAGAUCCGAGAGAUCUGUAGAAGACCAGCCCAAAGCCAAAGCCACCUGGAGCCAGGGUCGCUCCCCUGCAGAGGAGCAGUACCGCCUGGUCAACUGGAGCCCAGAGCAGCAACGGCUCAGCCCUGCUGGCCUUGCCACAGAGGAAUCUGGGCCUGUUCAGGACAUCACUGAGGUUGAGACCUGCCGUUUGGUCUCAACUCGGAAGUCAGCUUCGGCCCGUGUGAGCUCAGAGGACCUGAUGAGAGACGUGGCAGACAAAGAUCGGUCGCUGGCUGGCAUACUGAGCUCAGCCUCCAACAUGGUGACAGUCGCGGAGGUCAUGGGUGACCUCUUCCCCACCGAUGAGCCGUCUUGGAAAAAACAUUUGGCAAGAAGGAGACAGGAGGUCGCCAAGGAAAGGCAGGAAUUCCAACCCAUCUCCCCACCACCACCACAGCCUAGCAGUUUCAGCACCCCCACCAGCCCCACCAGCCCCACCAGCCCCACUUCCUACUCUGCCUACUACAACACCUCGGCUGGCAAGGCAGAGUUGCUGAACAAGAUGAAGGAGUUGUCCCAGUUGGCCAAGGACUCCCUGGGAGAGGCCGAAGUGGACCACGAGCUGGCAAAAAAGAAGUUGCAGCUCAUUGCCAGCAUCAGCAAGAAGCUGUCCGUGCUGCAGGAAGCCCAGAGGGGGCUACUGGAGGACAUCAGUGCCAACACGGCAUUGGGGGAGGAGGUCCAGGCAGUGCUGAAAGCCGUCUGCAAGGCCAAUGAGUUUGACAAGUUUCGCUUGUUUAUUGGGGACCUCGAUAAGGUGGUGAACCUGCUGCUCUCACUUUCUGGGAGGCUGGCCAGGGUGGAGAAUGCCCUCAACAGCCUGGACCCUGAGGCCACUCAGGAGAAGCUUGCACUGAUGGAGAAGAAGCGGCAGCUGACGGAACAACUGGAAGAUGCCAAGGAGCUCAAAGAGCACGUGGACCGGCGGGAGAAAGCUGUAUAUGGCACAGUGUCCCGCUACCUGCUUCAGGAGCAGCUCCAGGACUACCAGCACUUCGUCAAGAUGAAGUCAGCCCUCAUCAUGGAGCAGCGAGAGCUGGAGGAGAAGAUCAAGCUCGGGGAGGAGCAGCUCAGAUGUCUUCGGGAGAGCCUGGUUCUGGGCCCCCAAGAUUUCUGAGGCCCCGACUGUGCUGUGAGGGGGCGAAGGAGCUUCCAGGGAGUUUGCUGCACCCCUGCCCUCCUGCUCUCCCUUCAUCCGCUCACCAAAGAUACCCUGUCACCCCAGCCCUGCCCUAGUCCAGAACCCAUCCAUGGCCUCCUCUGGCCCAAUGCUGCCAGCAGAGCCUGAGCUCAAGCCUGCUGGGUAUGCCCCUGCUCCUGUUCCUCUCUGCUUAGCGGGGUACAUGGUGGAGACACUCUGAGGCACAGAGGGGUCACUUGUCACUUAUCUAGAGAAGCCAAACUAAGGCUAGAUUUCCCCUAGAACCUUGCUAGAAGAGCCAGGGUCAGUCACCAAGUACCACCCCAAGAACAGCCAAUGGUGUGCAUUCACUGGAAGGAUCCCUUCAUGUGCUGUGUUAUGAAUGCCACAGCAUGCACGUGGAGGGUGUGGCCUUCUUUGGACCCACCCCACUGUCCUCUGCCAGUCACCUUCAACACCCAUAGCCCUGGUGGACAGCCAGCAGAUGUCCACAUCGGCAGCCUACCCUCAAGGGUACCACACUUAGGGUGCUUGUUUUUGGGGCCACCAAAGCCAAAGCCACCUCCCCUUUGGCAUUCGUUAGCAUUCUUCUUUCCAUUUUAUUUAUUGAUCUUCUAAAACCCUAAUGAGGAGGGCAUUGGGAGAGAGAGUCAAAGCCUGCCUCGAGAGAAGGCUCGGUGGGCAGCAUUGGAAGUCCCAGGUGCUGCCUGAUGGUACUGCCAUGCCAAUGGGAAGGGCCAAGGCUUCUCCCAGUGAGCCUCCCAAACCAUGGCCCUGGUGCCAUCCAGCUCACUCAUGAAGCAGGCAGCAGGAUGGUUGUUCACAUUUCGGGUUGAUUGUUUUCCCUAGUUGGCAGACAUCUGCACCCACAUCUCUGGGGCCCUGGUCUGGCAUCUUAGUCUAUAUUCUGGCCAGCACCAGAUGCAGAAUCUCCCUUCACAGACCCCAGGAGGGAAGUGGAGGCACCUGGCCAUGUGCUGUUAGAGGUGGCUUCAUCUCCUUCGGUCCCAUUUUGGCCCCUCCUGUUCCAGCAAGACCUGCUGGUGAGAUGGCUACUUUGACAGGUGGCUCUCUCAGCCGUGGCUUGCACUCCACUUAGCUCACUAUGAGAAGGUGCUGCCACCUUACGUGCUCACAAGGUUGGAACUGCCUUCUCCAGGGUUGUUCAGGGGGAGGCAGGGGAGGAACAGGUGGGGCCCAGACCUAGAGAUUGCCAAAGCCGGCCCUGGUUACUCACCCAUCUGAAGCCAGAGGCCUUUGGGGCCUUCCAAAUUCCCUUAGGGGUUGGUGUCUUCCCCAGGAGGUUGUGAAGGGCUGCCCAAGGAUGGCUGGCUGGUAGGUGGAAGAAUUUGCCAGGGCACUCACUGCCACUCUCUGACAAAUGCCGUCUUCCUAUUUACUGUCUUUGAAACCAAGGGGAGAAAGUAGGCCGAUUGGAACGGACAUGGGUUCACCCCUCCUGUGGUAGCCAGGGGAGCUUCCAGCUCUCCAUCACUGAAACAGGGGGCUGGCUGCCUGGCCAGGAGAUGGUCUUCCCACUGCUAGGCCACACUCUCCACCCCGGGUGGCCAUGCUGUCCCUGAGCCUCCAGGCCUUUUCUGUCACUGCGAAGGCCAGGGGCAGCAGGUUUGCUGAGGAAGGACUGAGGCCUUACCCAAGGUAAAGUGGAGGCAGGCAGGCAGGCAGGCAGGCGUGCUGAGGUCAUCGUAACGUACAGAAGCACGCUGUAUGUGUAGGAGGAUGAGGCGAUUGGCUUCUUUAACGGGCCCUGGGGAUGAAUGGAGGACUUCCAGGACAGUCAUUAUAAGCACUGGCCCUGGGAGGGGAGCUCUGCACCCCAUUCCCUGUGGGGUCUCUCAUGAUGCCCCAGUGGGGCAGAGUUCCAAGGGAAGGGCAAACCGUGUGGUCCUUUGGGCUGGGUACAGGUGGGUACCCAGCAGGCAGACCGAUUAAACCUAGAUGGAGAGAAGCCCUGCUCGGGGAGACCCUAGCGGUAAAUACUCAAGGGGAGCUCCAGUGGUGGGCAGUAGGGAGAGGGAAAAGGAGGACAGUGAGAGAGUGCGGGGGAGGAGGCAGGCAGACAGCAGCUCCCCUAACCCCCAGCCUGUCUGCUCACUGGCCUGCGGCCACCAGAAGACUCCAGGGAGGGACCCUGGAAGAAGACCCUGGAAUCUGCUGUCAUUUUAGAGCAGCAGGGAGUGACGCCCUCAUUUGUUGCCUGGUUUUCCGUAUCCCCGCCCCCAGCCUUGCCCCCCUAGUCCCUUGUAUCCCUGCGCCCAAAGAAAAGAGGGGCUCAAUACAUUAAAAGGUGCUAAGAACAAA